CACACCACAACGUCGGGGAGAGCGCAUCAGCUCUUGAUAAUCAUUGCGCGUGUCAGCUUACAAGUAAAGACAUAGUGCGACAACAACCACGAUGGCGGCGGCGGAUAUGCGCAAGCUGCUUGAGCAGCUCAUGGGCCAGCAGGCCAUGUCUGCCGGGCCCCGCGCACCCCAAAUCGAAAUCACCGAUCCCAAGGCAUGUCACUCCUACAUCGUUGGGAACUGCCCCCACGAUCUGUUCACCAAUACCAGACAAGACUUUGGUCCGUGUCCCAAGUUGCACAGCGAAGCUUUGAAGCUCGAGUAUCAAGAUGCUUCACCUGAGCAGAAGCGCGAGUGGGGCUUCGAGUUCGACUAUCUUCAGGACAUGCAGAGGCACGUGUUUGAGUGUGAUCGCCGCAUUGACACUGCGCAACGAAGGCUCGAGAAGACGCCAGAUGAGAUUCGACAGACCAACCAAUUACUGAAACAAAUCAACGAACUGACCAAAACCAUCGAGAAUGGUAUGCUUGAAGUUCAAAUCCUCGGUGAAGUCGGCCAGGUUAAUCGGGCUGUAUCCGAGUUCUUCAUUGUUCGCCAGAAGAAGCAGGAGAAAGAGGACAGGGAGCGGGAUUUGAAAUCACUUGCCGACACCGGAGGGCCGUCAGGUCACCAGAAGUUGCAGGUCUGCGAUGUGUGCGGCGCAUAUCUCAGUCGGCUGGACAAUGAUCGGCGAUUGGCAGAUCAUUUCUAUGGCAAGAUGCAUCUCGGAUACGCGCAGAUGCGCAAGUCGUACAAUCAACUGAAGCAUGAGGUGCAGGGUCGUCGCCCACCACGAAGACACGCCGAUGGUCCACGGAACGACUUCGAGCCGAAUGGCUACCGCGGACCUGGAGGAGGCCAUGGAAGUGGUGGAUGGGGUGGCCGGGGCGCACGUCGUGGUGGUCGUGGUGGUCCCCGCCGAGGAGGCUGGUGAAGUUUCUUGCAUCUGAGGAGCAAAGGAGUUCAGGUGUGUCGUAUAAUUCGUCCGCUUCCCAAAGGUUCGGCUUACCUCUAGCAUUUCAAAAGGAAAAGCCUAGGCUUGGUUGGUUCUCUAUAUAGCGAGCAGGUUUCGGGGAUGGAUGCUUCUUGGGGGCAUGGGCAUACACCCUAUCCAAUCACAGUGGUUGUAUACCUAGUAAUCGAUCAAUGAAGACUCUAGCAUGCUGACCCGCAGCUUCAUCUCGGUAUGUAUUUUCUUACGGACUACUUGCUACAUCCUCAGGUAUCUAAUAAGUAUCUACUACUACAAUUUUUGCACAUGCACUAAGCUCC